CUUGGUUCGAAUUCGAUUUUAAUUCCAUUUUCGUUCCGGAUCUGUUGUCAGCUGAACACAUUUCAGAGGACAAACGAUAUGAAUUAUUGGAGCUGAGUAAAGUAUACAAUAAAAACAGGUGGUCGCUGGCCAGAACCAGUGCAUUCGGUGUGCAGACUCAGAAGAGGAAAAACGUGGACGCGCCAAUUGUAGCGGCAACAUGACAGCACUUCAUCUAAACAGAACGUUGUUCCGGGCCGUGGGAAUACUGAUCAUCUCCACGGCGGCGUGCUGGGGAUCCGAUCCCCCGAAAACGUACGGUCCUCCGCCCAGUGACUAUUCGUAUCACGGAUACGAACCGGAAAUGCAGCAGAGGCCAUUAGCCGUGUUCACCGAGCGGCCGGUCAACGUGGCCGGUUUCAUUUUGGUUCCCGUGGUACAAGUGCCGUCUGCAGACCUGAGAAUGGUGUACCGGCCGCAAAUCGACAGCGUGUCCAAAACGGAACCGGUGGUUAUGUGCAAAUCGUCGACAAAAUCGUUUGAAGCGACACCAGCAAUUCAAGUGCCACUUCAAGAACCGUUUUAUCUGUACGACGAAAGAACAAUGAUACCGUUCCCGAAGACAGUAACCAUCCUUCACGGUGGUUAUCGAAUGUCAAUACCCGUUGGCGUGGUCGUAGCACCGGUACCCGUGGGAGCUCUCAGAGCUGGCCCGGUGUUUGUCACUACAUUGUAUGCAAUUCCUACAGAGCCUCUGCCAUUGCCGCCGUUGCAACCUGUUAGAUACACACCUUGGAAUUACUACCCGGCACCGACUCCGUUACUGUCGACGUCAGCGCCAUCACCACCUCCGCCGGCACCCCCUCAAUACUUGGCCAACCCCCCAGCACCAGCACAGUACAUGUCACCACCUCCACCCCAGUACUUGUCCGUGCCCCCUUCGCCGUUAUACUAUCAGCACGCGGCACAGCCUGAGGGCGACAGCCCCGAUGACCUCCGAAACAGAGAACCGCCGAACAAAGCAUAUGCGCAACCGCAGUCGUCGGCCAACACUUUCCACAAUUCAAAAGAGUCACCGAUAUUGAACCAGUUAAGAGAAGAAUCGGAAAAAAAUAGAAAAAAGUACCCAGCGCCUUUGUAUUCUAAUUAUCAUGCGAUUGAUUCGCAGUGAAAAAGAAUGUGAAAUUUGUACUUUUUUUUAUUUUACCAAAAAUUUUAAUUUUAUACUUUGUGAUGAGAAAAAAAAUGUAUACAUAUUUAUUAUAAUGUAAUACACGAUAAUUUUACAAACACA